GUUCUCUUCCCUCAACUCUCUCUCUCUCUCGUGAAAGAAAUAUAACCAAAACAAAAAAAAAGAAAGAAAAAUGUCAGGGUGCAGCAAAAUCCGGUACAUUGUGAGACUCCGCCAAAUGCUACGGCGGUGGAGGAAGAAGGCAUCAAUGACUGCCAAGCGCUUACCGUCGGAUAUACCUGCUGGACAUGUGGCCGUCACUGUAGGGACCGAUUGUAAAAGAUUUGUGGUCCGGGCGACGUACUUGAACCAUCCAUUGUUUAAGAAACUAUUGCUCCAGGCGGAGGAAGAAUAUGGGUUUACGAACUCAGGGCCACUGGCCAUCCCCUGUGACGAGUCCCUGUUCGAAGAGGUUCUCCGGUACCUGGCCCUCUUCGAGUCGACUCACAGCAACUCAGCCCGAUUCAUGAAUUUGGAGGAGUUCCAAAGAUAUUGCCACGUAGGCAUGCGGAGCAACCUUGAGUUUCUAGCGGAGUCACGCCCCCUCCUCAACGGGAUUGCCGAUAAGUCCGUUUGGUGAGAGGGGGGGAUUGAUGAAUGAGGGUGGGCAGAAGCUGAUUCUUUUACCCGGAUUUUUCUUCUUAAAGGUUGCUUUAAUAAUUCUUGGAAAUUUGAUUCCGGGAGGGUCCUGAAUUACCCAGUCUACUGACUACUGAGUCGCGGUGGUACUGAGUCUGAGUCUACUCCGGAGGAUGUGACGGAGAUGGCAAGUAGGUGGGCAAGUAGCCACCGAGUCGUCCCGGGUUCCAACCGGAUGAGAACCAGCCAACAACAGAGGAAAGACCACCCCGCCUAAUAAAAUUUGCAAAAUGCGGACGAGGGAAGCGAAGAGCAAGUUUGCGAUUAUGAGGGGAAAAUUUUAUUUUAUUUUUUUUAA